GUGCUUACCCUAGAAGCGAAUUCGACCUGUAUGGAGGAAGAUACAGUUGAGAUGACGGCUCCUCGAACUGAUGCACAAGUACCUCAAUUCGCCAUUCUAGGCCCAACUCAUUAUUAAGUGAUUUAUAGAAGCAUGUCCGUCGGUGAUCUGAAAGACCUUGUGUGGCAAUUCCUGCGGGUACGACGAAUGACAAGUGGAGGAGGGAUCAUCUGCGCAGCCGUAAUUUUAGGCUCGGUGCCCCCCUUAUACGAAGGCGGUACCGAAAUUGCAGCGUGCGCUAAGAGGGGUCAAACCGAGUGAUACGAGAAGAUGAACAUGUUAUUUUGGGUACUUGUAGGUUGAGUACCGCAGCACAAUCGUCAACUUGAAAUCUUUGCUUCGUACACCGAUUCGAUACUCUAGCAACUCGCCAUGAUGAAGGGUUUCACCAAUAGCGCAGGAUACGUUGCGUUAUUAGCAGCGUUCGUUAGCGAGACCAUCGCUCUGCCGGUUCAAGAUGCGCCGCUGAGAGUUGAGUGGCGAUCCCUGUCAAGCGCCGCAAAAGCAGACUACAUCAGCGCAGUAAAGUGCUUAGAUGGGUUGCCGUCAAAGAUCGGUCUCGAGACGUCGCGUUACAACGACUUUCCCUAUGUCCACGCGCAGCUCAACAACGAAAUCCACUUUGUCGCUCAAUUCCUCCCCUGGCAUCGGUACUUUGUACACAUCUACGAAACAGCCUUGAGAGAUGAAUGCAAGUACACAGGCCCAAUGACAUACUGGGACUGGACCCUUGACUCUGAAAACAUGUCCAAGAGCCCCGUCUUCUCCAACGACACCACCGCCGGAUUCGGGGGAAACGGCCUGAAUGGCGGCUGGGUUCCGCCGACGCGACCAAACCCGUUGACCAUGUGCGUAACCGACGGGGCUUUCGCCAACUUUACCGUGUCUUACUACACCACGACAGCGCUCUCGCAUUGUCUGAACCGCGGUUUCAACGACGGUAUUGGGGUGAAUGCUGGCCUUUAUGAAGGCGGGUUGUACUCGCCCGAAAAGAUCUCAGGAAUCAUCGAAACCUCUGGCAACUUUUCUACGUUUGCGACUACUUUGGAAAACGGGCCCCACGGUGCGAUUCACUCAGCCGUUGGAGGAGACCUGUUUCCUUCGACAUCUCCAAACGAUCCCUUGUUCUUCCUCCACCAUGUGCAGAUUGACAGACUUUGGUGGCUCUGGCAGCAGGCUGAUCCCGCAAGCCGGACGUUGGACUUUUCGGGACGAAGGAACCUGCCCUCGGGGGAAGCUGAUACUCGGCCAGCGUCUCUGAACGACACGCUGCCAACGCUUGGCUUAGCGGCUGAUAUUCCUAUUCAACAAGUCAUGUCAACAACAACCGACUUACUGUAUUAUAAGUACUAGUGUACAUAUUUUAACUACUACUUUGGGGACAGCUGUUCGGCCAGAAAGCAUUCCGCCUCGUAGUACUCACAGCGCUUCAUUCUCAGCUGCCGUUGUAGGGCUCCUGCAGGAAUCGCCGCUAAUCCAUGCAAGCACAGGGGCCCAUUCCUCGAAGGAAGUGGAAGCAGACAAACGGACGAGAUGCCUGGGUGUUCCUCCUAAUGUUGCUUCGAAUCAUGCUAUUGACAUGAUUCGCCCAA